AUGGCUCUUCACAACAAAUUGAAUGAGACUCUCAAAAGCUACAACUUUAAUGAUGUUGAGAAAAUUUUUAAAGAUGCAAGAAAUAAAACAAAGAAACUUGCUAGACGUUGUAAGAAGAGAGAUUGGCAAGAUCUCUGUAAGAAUAUUCAAAUUUGUGCUGAUUCUAGUAAUGUAAAGGGAUUGUAUGAAAAUACAAGAAAGCUUUUUGACAGAUGUGUGCCACUCAAGUCAAAAAACGGUACAAUAAUUAUUCUUGAUUCCUUGGCAAAUGUAUGUCAAGUAUUUGAGCUUACCAUAAGUCUUACCAAAGCCAAAAUACUUGCCCAAGGUAGAAACGAAAUAACGGUAUUCAACAUAGGUGAUCAUACUCUUAAUGUGAAAAAUCAAUUUAAGUAUCUUGGGCCAACAAUUACAAGCAACUUAAUCUUGGACAUAGAGCUUUCAAGACGAAUUGCAAAGCUAAGCUGGUCAGGGGUAAAAGAACAAUCGGUCGUCCAAAAUCAGCGAGACAUCAGGAAUUCAGACAUUGAUAAAACCUGUGGGAAGAGAUUGCUUAGAAUUGAACAACAAGGAGACAAAAUAUUCAAAAUAGUAUUUUGGUGGGAGAAUCUAAAAGACCUGAAGCUGCCUCAGAAAGGCGCAAAAAAAGAAAAGCACCGCCAUCUGACAAUUCCUCAAAAGAAUCCUAUUAUUGUCCUAUCUGUGGUAGAAUUUGUAACUUAA